GCAAAGUUUUGAGAGGAAAAGUGUCAUUGGGCGGUUGCCUAAAGUGCCCGGAUAAGCAGUGAGCUUUAAUUUUUCCAACCGAGUGAACCAGCUGUACUACAUUUUCGGCAAUUGUGUCUCAAAAACAACGGUCCCGGUGGGAAAUUGCUUCGCGAAACGAGGAAUACUUUGGCCUUUGCUAACAUUUGUUCAGUGAGAGAUGGUGAAGCUGAUGGAGCCCAAGUUGACAGAUGAUGUGAUCACUGAUGCAUUCGCCUCGAAAAAAGAUGUGAAUAAAAGGUCGGAAAAGUUGUAACCGCGGAAGCAAAUUUUGCUUCUUUGAAUCAGUGAAGAACGGUGCUUUGAGGAACCUUGCCUCUGAUUAUGAAGGAGAUUUAAACGUAUGAAAGAUUGCAGUUAAAAUAAAGCGACGAACCUUAAAAAUUCCGCGAUCUCCCGCGGGGGAGAAUAAACAAAAUUCUAGGAAAGAAGAGAACCACACAUAAAAUUUAUAAUUUUAUCCAUGUUUCAGUGUGACGGUGUAAAAUGAUCAACGUAGGAUAGAGCUCAACCCAAUCAGGACACUAGAAAUAAUUUGCAACGAUGGAUUUGCCGAAGGGAGCCAAGAUAACCCACGCCGGGUUACUGCAGCACAACCCAGAUGGCAAGACGGAGAUUCAGAAGAUCACGCAGGCCGGGCUGGUGGCACGAUCACCGGAAGGGACGGCGGCCAAGGGCAUGAACAUCCGGGGCAACGAGGACCUUUGGGUCGAGAUUCAGGCCAAUACCUUCAAAAACUGGGUCAAUGAACAUCUGCGCGAGUCUGGAAUGAGGGUUAACGACUUUCACGAGGAUUUCUGCGAUGGGACCUAUCUUUGUGUACUGGUAGAGAGUCUACAGAAGCGUCCCCUAAAGUCUUGGAACAGACGCCCUGCCAAUCAGCAUCACUAUUUGGAGAAUGUUACCACAGCUUUGAAUGUCAUCGAAGCGGACGGAGUGAAACUAGUCAAUAUCGGGAACGUUGACAUUGUCAAUGGAAAUGUGAAGCUUAUUCUGGGCCUGAUCUGGUCGCUGAUUGUUCGGUACCAGAUCGGAAGGAGUAAAUUCCCACCACGGAAGUUGAUGCUAGCCUGGUUGCAGGCGGCCCUUCCGGACUGUAAGGUUACCAAUCUAACGUCGGAUUGGAAUAGUGGAGUUUUGCUGUCGGCAUUGUUGGACUACUGUGAGCCGGGUCUAUUUCCCCACUGGCGGACUUUGGAUGUCCAUGAUUCGGUACGAAACUGUGAACGGGCCAUGAACAUUGCCUACGAACGGUUUGGCAUUCCGAAGGUGCUUGAGCCAGAGUAUUUGGCUUCCAGUUGGCUGGACGAGCUGUCCGGUAUGACGUAUUUAUCUUACUUCAUGAGACCUGGUGGUCCCGGGUACAACACGACCCUACGGUGGGUCAACAGCACGGUUAAGAAGCAGGUUUCAAAUUUCACGACGGAUUUCAACGAUGGCAAGGUGUUUUGCGAGAUCAUCAAGGACCUCGGUGGCCCGGUGCCAGAUCCCAGCAAACUUAGCUCGGAUCCAGCCCUGUGGGAAAACAACCAGCAAAAGGUUAUCGACGGAGGUCUGAAGCUGGGUGUCAAACCGGUACUCGCUGCCAAGGAUAUGGCAACGGCUGACGAAGAACACCUGGGAAUUAUGGCCUAUGCAACCUGGUUGCGUUGGGUCAUUGCUAGACCUCCGUUGGCCGACAUGUUGGCCGUUCAUUUGGAGAGUACUUCCGGUCGGAUUGGAGAACCUUCGCGUUUCCGGGUGGAGGUGCUUUCUCGUGAGGUUGAGAUGUCCAAGGUGCGUGCCUACGUUAGUACCCCGAACAGUACCGGAUUGGUACCGGUUAAGCUGAACUCCCGGGGCGAGGGAACUUUUGUUCCGGAUAAGUACGGCAUGCAUGAAAUCGUUCUGGAGGUGGAUGAUAAUCAGUUGGGAGGACACUUCUUCCGAGUGCUUCCCAGAUUAGUUCAUGUGGCGCCACCCGGAAUGGCACCCUGCGCUCUGGGAAGUUUGGUUGAGGUGCUGGUCAAUGCCACAGGUGCUCCAAAGUUUGAGGAUAUUUUGGUGACGGCAUACAGUCCGUCAGGUAGACCGUUGAAGUGUCCACUCAAGAAGAUUGAUGUGGGACACAGUGCCAUAUUCAAGCCGGACGAGGCCGGUAUUUGGGAAAUUGCCAUAACUUAUCAGGGGCGUCACAUUCAAGGGGGUCCGUUCACCUGUUCGGUGUUCGAUCCGAGUGGCGUUUCGGUUCAUGGAUUGGAUGGUGCCAUGCCCUUGAGGGCUCACUCAUUUGAGGUGGACGCUCGAGGAGUCGGAGUCAGUGGAGAGUUGCAUGUAGAUAUUGUGCACGAGAAGAGAUCGUUGGUUUGCUCUGUGGAAAAGCUUCAGGAAAACAAGUAUCAGGUUACAUUUAUGCCCAGACAGAAUGGCAAACAUCGAGUUUACAUCUAUUUCAAUGGGUAUGACGUUAAAGGUUCACCGUACAUAAUGAGAGUUGGGAGCAAGGGUCGUUCGGGUAAGACACGCAGCUCUCCAAUACAUGAAUCCAGAAUGAGAUCGGAGAGCCCUUCAUUUCAUUUUACAACUUCGUCUCUGAACAGAGAGAACAAAGCCGUAAAACGAGACAUCUACUCGCCCCAAACUGUUCAAUCGAAUGUGAAGGAAGUCUACAGCACCCGUUUGACUUCUCCAAUACGUGAAACUCCAUCACCCAGGGAAGUUCACAACACCAGUUACAGAUCCGAGUUUAAAAAUUCAACAUCUGAAAAUGAUCACGGCUUCAAAAAGAGCACAGAACUAUUGGCAAACGAUUACAAAACACCAACAAAAGAUGAUGCUUUCAACUACGUUAAAACUGUACGUACAGAAAACCAUGUUACCAAAACCAUUCGUCAACAUCGUGAUUCAGAGAGUCCAAAACUGAUUCAUGCAAGCCCAGGACUCAAAAGCCCACAAACAGUUUCAUCAACCAUUUUUGAUUCCAAUUCACGCAACGCAACUGCUAGUCCCAAGAUAUACACUUCAACGACCCGUUACGUUCCAUCUCCGGUAGAUCAUCGGAUCUCCAGUCCCAUCAACAUGCACGAAAAGAACGAAACUUACAAAGUAACUGAGCGGGAAUCCACAUACAAGAGCACCAUAACUCGUGACGUUGUUCGUGACAGUCCACCGAUUGAAAUUUACAAGAGCCCCCCAUUGACCUCAACCGUUGAUUAUUCAUCCAAUAUUAAGGUUACAUCCCCUACAAAUGGACCAUCACGCAGAGACAGUCGUGAUGUAAUCAAUAAAACUAAGCACAUGUUCUCCCACAACUCCCUGGAAUCUCUGGCAAACUUAACCGAUAAGCAGCUGAACACGGAUCUGACGUUUGAUCGAACGGUGGACUCACAGACGGAAAAGAAUACCCACUUCAAUAAGUUUUCACUUGGAGAGAACAACUACCGGACCAGUACCAGUGAGCGGAAGCUAAUCGAUAACGAGGGGUUGUAUCGAUCCGGUGGUUAUUUGAACAAUUACAAAACUGAGAAGAACGAGAGAUAUGAAAAGUAUACAAUGCUGAACAGUGGAUUUGAACCCAUUGGAAGGGAUGUUACUGGAGCUAAGGCUAUCCGGGUUCAGGACAUUCCCGAUGGAGUUAUUGGACGCCCGGUGGAAUUUGAAAUUGACGGUUCCCAGGCCGGCUCCGGAAACUUGGAAAUCCUGGUCAAUGGCGGUCGCGUCACGUCAGCCGUGCGUGCUCUCGGAAAUCAACGCUUCGUGGCCAGCUUUACGCCUCACGAAUCGGGCGUUCACACGGUCCAGAUCACCUUCAAUGAGGAAACCGUACCAGGUUCACCGUGGAAUAUCAACAUCAUGUCCUCACCGGGGCUGACGGCUCUCGGUGAAUCCACACGGCUGGUGCCGGCUAAUGUGCCGGCGGUUUUUGAGGUGCUGCCGCCUCCUGGAGCUUCCAUCCGGGGCAGUGACUGCGUGGCGACCGUGCUCUCGCCCAGCAAGAGCAAGGUCAAUGCGCGGGUCACCCACGAGGCGGCCAACGGUGCGUUGAGGAUCGAAUUUGUCCCGUCAGAGGUGGGAACACACAUCAUUGAGGCCUCGAUUGAUGGGAAAACUCUGGUCGGGGGACCACUGAUUGCCAAGGUUUACAAUUCGAGCCUAAUUCAGGUUACGGAUGUUAAUGGAGGAGUUGUGGGACAGCCCUGUCAGUUUAGGGUUGAUGCUAGUGCGGCUGGCGAGGGACAGCUGGAGAUUUCGAUAAAUGAGGGUGAAGUUCCGAAUCACGUUCAGGUGGUAGGAGGGGGACGUUGUUUGGUAUCUUUUACCCCGGAACAAGCGAAGCCACAUCUGAUCGAUAUCAAAUUUAAUGGGGAAACCGUAAUCGGUUGUCCUUUUGUAUGCUCUGUAGCCGAUACAAGUAGAGUUCUGUUGAACCUUUCCAAUCUGGAACUGAUUCCAGUUAACAGACCAGCUUCGUUCCACAUAACCGUAAGUGGAGGGGGUGCUGCUGAGCUAGCAGUUAGCGUAAGAGGUCCCCAGGGUGAACUUCCGGUCAGAGUUACCGGUGAUAUACAUGCAGGAUUCACCGCCGAGUUUACCCCGAAUCAUGUCGGAGCUCACACGAUCAAUGUAGAGUACAACGGAUACCCGGUACAGGGAACGCCCUUCGUAGCCAAGUCCUAUGACGCUACCAAGGUAGCUGUGGGUUCCGUCUCCAAGGGUACCGUAGGUCGUCCCGUACAAUUCACAGUCGAUGCCGCCGAUGCCGGCGAAGGCAAUCUCGAAAUCACAAUCUCCGCAAAAGGCCAUAACAUUCCCACACAAGUGCAUCCUCAGGGCAAUGCCAAGUUCGUAGUAUCAUUUGUCCCCGCCGAGCCCUGUGAGCACAUCAUCAAUGUAUCGUUCAACAAAAUGUUGGUUCCGGGCUGCCCGGUGAUGGUUAUUAUCAAUGGAGGAACCACCGGACCUCAGGUAUCCCUCGGGGGUCCCGGACCUCUGCACAUGCCGAAUUCGCUAAUCAUCAACCAUGCCGGAGGCCGACUCGAGGACAUCGAAGUGAACGUUGAAGGACCAUCCGGUCACUCGGUUCCAGCGCAGGUUCUUCAGACGGCGGACGGAGUCUUUAAGGCCGAAUUUGUUCCACGGGUUGUCGGAGAGCAUCGAGUCAGCGUCACUGUCGAAGGGCAACCUACGGUGGGAAGUCCAUACUCAGCAAAGGUCUACGACGUUACAGCUAUCAAGGUGAAGAAUGUCAACAAUGGCACCGUUGGUAAACCUGUGGUAUUCUUAGUGGAAACAUCUCAAGCUGGUCCAGGAAAUUUGGAGGUAACAGUCAAUGGAGGUCGGGUGCCAACUUCGGCCCAAGCGCAAGGGCAACAUACCUAUGCGAUCAGUUUUACGCCUCGGGAGGCGCAGAAUCAUACCGUUGAGCUUCGUUUCAAUGGUCAAGAUGUUCCGGGUAGCCCGUUCACCUGUAAAGUAUCACCGGCUGCGAGAAUUGUGAGCAGCGACCUGACGGACAAAGUUAGCGUGGGACAUGUGUUCGAUUUUGUCGUGGAAUCCGAUGUUUCUCCGGUGGUUGAGGUGCUGGGACCUGCUAGAAGGGCUGUACGGGCCGAUGUGAUCCCCGCUCCUGGUGGGUAUCGGAUUCGUUUCGAGCCCAUAGAGGUAGGAGAUCACUCGGUAGAAGUACGCCUUCCUGGAAGUGGUCACGUCGAAGGAAGUCCGUUCUUGCUCAAAGCGUACUCGGCUGAGAAGGUGGUCGUUACGGAUAUUCGCCCGGGUGUUGUGGGCAAGAGCGUUAGUUUCGGGAUCAACGCCAGUCAAGCUGGAGCUGGAAACUUGGAGAUCAUUGUUGCUGUUGGAGGAAAAAACGUACCGAAUUUUGUACAGUCGGAAGGAAACGCCAGAUUUAAGGUCAACUUCAAGCCAACCGAGGCAGCAACACAUUCGUUGUCGGUUCGAUUCAAUGGAUAUCCAGUUCCGGGAUCGCCAUUUGCUUGUCACGUAACUCAUGCUCCGGUUUCGCUGUCAAAGGCGAUUGCUAGCGGUGAAUGUCUGAGACAAGCUCCGGUUAAAUGCGAGAAUAUAUUUGAACUUGAAGGCUUCGACGGUAUCGAUCCACAAGUCUUGAUCACAUCUCCAUCAGGCGAUACAGUUGCCAGCAGAGUAACAUAUCGCGAUGAGAUCCACUUGGUUUCGUUUGUCCCGACUUCGGUUGGUAGACAUCUGAUAAGCGUCACAGCUAACGAUCAACACAUUAACGGAUCGCCAUUUUCUUGCAAUGUAUUCGACGUUUCACGGGUCGCAAUCAGCGGCCUCGAUCAUCAAAAUACGAUGGCAUCACUCGGUGUACCGCUUACUUUUAGCGUUGAUGCAGCUGGAGCUGGAGAAGGAACGCUAGAACUAGUAGUUUCAACUGCCACCAGCACUGUCAAAGCUGAAGUCACUGCCUGUGCCCGUGGCCUAUAUGAUGUUACCUUUGUUCCGCAAACUUGUGAACCACAUUUCGUCAACAUCACCUUCAACGACAUUCCCGUUGAUGGAAGUCCAUUCCGCUGCGAGGUUCAACAGAAUACUCAAAACGUACAGAUUGGUAAUUCAACCUUUAUCGAGCUCAUUGGAGAGGAUCAAACGGUCGAAAUCUACGACCCCGAUAACAAAAUGGUACCAUUCACCCUGUCUCGCAAAUCAGCUGAGUUCAAAGUCACCAAAAUUGGUAGCUACAUUGUUCGUUACGUUGAUCAGGACACGGGAUCGUUCAUUGCCGCUCGAACGAUCAACGUGUUCGAUCCUUCAAUGGUCAAGAUCGUUGACGUCGGAGAAGCAUACUGUCACAAACCGGCAACCAUUGCAGUUUCGAUCGUAGAUGCUGGCCAAGGUACGUUGACUGCCGUUGUGCGUUGUGGAGGUUUCGAGGUACCGCAUUCGAUUCGAGGCCCAGCUAAGAACGGUAUCUGGGAGAUCGUGUACCAUCCAACUCGGGUGGCCCCGCACAAGAUCAUGAUCUUGUACAACCAGGUGCCAAUUGCCGGCAAACCGAUCGAAAUCAAUGUUCUGGCUCCGGCCAUGAGUAAGGAGAUCACCGUCAACGGUCUCGGGUUGUACCAGGCCCGCGUUGGCAAGACAACCUCGUUUGCCAUCGACACCGUUGGUCAUCCGGCACGGGAGUUUGAUGUGGUCGUUUCCGGGCCCGGAGGUCAAGCUCUACCGGUGCGCUGCUACCAGACCAAGGGUGGCCAUCUGCAGGCGGAAUUCACCGUCCAGAAAGUUGGGCAAUGCUUGAUUGACGUACUUCAUCAAUCGAAACCUUUGCUGGGAAGUCCGUACACUUGCGAGUCGUACGAUCCUUCUAAGAUCCACCUGCAGAAAGUGCCGAAGAUGAACAUCUGCUCAAACUCGCCAAUAACUUGGAAUGUUGAAUCUGAAUCCGCCGGUGUUGCUGAAAUCGAGGUGAUCGUUCUGUCACCAAAUGGGCAGAACGUUCCGGUGAAGUUGACCCAACAGGAGGAUUAUACCCAUCAAGUUGAAUUCACUCCAGUCACUGCAGGUCACUACAAGGCGACGGUGAUGUACGGUGGAGAACAUGUUCCGGGAUCACCGAUAACGUUUGCCGUCCAGGCCAUGGGCAACAAAACUGAUAGCCAUGCCUCCGGAAAUGGUCUGGAGAUUGCCCACCGUGGAAAGGAGACAUCGUUUGUGGUGUUUUGCCCGACAACUCCUAACGUGCAGAUUGAGCGAUGUGACGAUCAGUCGGAAAGAAUCGAACCCAGAAUCAAACACCUCGGAAACAAUGAGUGGAAAAUCUUCUAUACCAUUUUGUCUGUUGGAGAGUACGAAAUUAGGGCCAGCUGUACCAAUCGGGGUCCGUUGCCUGGAUCCCCUUGGACGAUUCAGUGUUUGGAUCCAGCAAAGGUGGCACCAAUCGGAGGAUGGGGAAGUCUCUUGGAUAACAGCGGAAAGCUUCUGCUGCCUGUCAAGAUUGCCUUUGAUACAAGCUUAGCUGGACCCGGUGAAUUGACCUGUUUUGUCGACGGUAAUGAGAUUAUGGUCGAGAAACAAAACAACGGUAAAAGUGUGCUAUACCUACCUGAUGAUGAUCUUUCCAAGGGAGAACACAGCUUCGACCUUACUUGGUCCGGUCUACCAAUCUCUCAAAGCCCUGGAUUCGUCUUUGUUACUGGCAAUUCUUCUGUCGCAGAUAAAGUUGUUCUUACCGGAAGAGGUUUGACCUCCGCUCAAGUUGGAGAAGUUUCACACUUCACCAUAGAUGCUACGGAAGCCGUUUCAGGAAAGCCUGAAGUUCACAUGAACUAUGAAGACGGUGAGCAUCUCCCCGUCACUCUGCUGCAACCUAGACCAAAUGAGCUGAUUUGGCUUGCUUCGUACAACCCACACAAAUCCACCGGUGGUCCUUUGAGCCUGACGGUCAACUGGAAUAACCGACCCAUCAAAGGAUGUCCGUUGACUAUUUCCGUCGGUCCAGCCAUCGAUGCCGCUAAAGUUCUCUGCUCUGGAGAAGGUCUUCGUAACGGAGUUGUUGGCAGAGAUAUCAAGUCUUGGAUCGACACUCGAAGAGCUGGUCCCGGAGAACUCACUGCUCACUGUACCGGACCCCGCAAAGUGGCUUACUGUGAGCUGUACGACCAUGGCGAUGCAACAUUCACUCUAAAUGUUAAGCCUCAGGAACCUGGAAGGCACACGUUAACCAUUAAGUAUGGCGGCCAACACGUUCCAGGAUCUCCGUUUACACUGAGAGUUGCAGGAGCACCGGAUGCCAGUAAAGUUCGCGUCUAUGGACCCGGAGUGGAACACGGAGUUUUAGCUGCCUUUCAAUCGAGAUUCAUUGUCGAUACCCGGGGAGCUGGUGCUGGCCAACUAACCGUUCGUGUUCGUGGUCCCAAGGGAGCUUUCCGAGUUGAGAUGCAGCGUGAGAGCCAAAAAGAUAGAACCAUCAUGUGCAAGUACGACCCAACGGAGCCCGGCGAUUAUCGAGUGGAGGUAAAAUGGGCCGGUGAACUCGUUCCAGGAUCGCCGUUCCCCGUUCUUAUCUUCGAUACCCAGGAAGAGUUGAAGCGAUUCCUACAUGGAAACUAACCCUUCUGCUCAUGAAACUUUUUUUUAAGUACCACAUAUUUUAAAUCCCGUUCGUUCGUUUUUUUUUUCUUGUGCAGUUUGUCUAACCUGUAAGAAUGUUGACUAAUUUAUACACUCCCCACACAUCACGACGGUUCGCACAUAUUUUAAAAUGUGCUUCCGUAAAUAAAAACAAACAAAAAUGCUAUUAUAAAUAAUCCCAUCAGAGAGGUCCAUUACUACAAAACAAACGAAAAAAUACAUCGAGUGUUGAUUAACUGUAUUUAUUAGAACCCGGAGGAAUAAACAUAAAAAUGUUAAAUACCUAAA